GGGCCCUCCUUUGUUAUCUCUAGCUGUGGGCUGAAAACCCUUUUUAGGGGUUGAUAUUUUUUGGGGGGGGAAGAAGUGUGUGCACCUGUAUAUACGUCUAGCCUGCCGUGGGUGGGUGGUGACGGGCGACCACUAUCCCCUUGGUGGCUUAUAUUUCUGUGAAGGAGGAGGGGGUGACGAAAAAUGAGGGCUUAAAAACUUGCUGAGUCUCUGGAUAAGAAAUGAGGGCAGCAAAGAACGCUACCAUUGGCAGACGCAGAAUGUCAAGCAGAGCGGAGUGGACGACAUGGUGUUGCUCUCCAAAAUCAACGAGGAUGCCAUUGUGGAGAACCUCCGGAAACGCUUCAUGGACGACUACAUUUUUACCUACAUUGGCCCCGUGCUGAUUUCUGUUAACCCCUUCAAGCAACUGCCAUAUUUUACAGACCGUGAGAUUGAGAUGUACCAGGGAGCGGCUCAGUAUGAAAACCCUCCGCACAUCUAUGCACUGGCUGAUAACAUGUACCGAAACAUGUUGAUUGAUGGAGAGAAUCAGUGUGUCAUUAUUAGCGGGGAGAGUGGAGCUGGCAAGACCGUGGCAGCCAAAUAUAUCAUGAGCUAUGUCUCCAAGGUCUCUGGCGGGGGCCCUAAAGUGCAGCAUGUGAAGGAUAUUAUCUUGAAGUCCAACCCGCUCCUGGAGGCUUUUGGGAAUGCCAAGACCGUGCGGAACAACAACUCAAGCCGAUUUGGCAAAUAUUUUGAGAUCCAGUUCAGCCGAGGAGGGGAACCGGAUGGGGGAAAGAUCUCCAACUUCCUGCUGGAGAAGUCCCGCGUGGUGAGCCAGAACGCCGGAGAGAGGAGCUUCCACAUCUACUACCAGUUGCUAGAAGGAGCCAACCCAGAGCAGCGGGAAAACCUGGGCAUCACCACUCCGGAUUAUUACUACUAUCUCAACCAGUCGGCGGCAUACAAGGUGGAAGACGUGAAUGACCACCAGGACUUCCAAGAGACUUUGGCAGCAAUGGAGGUGGUGGGUCUUUCAAGGGAAGAGCAGGCCCUGGUGCUCCAGAUUGUGGCCGGCAUCCUCCAUUUGGGCAACGUGACUUUCCAGGAGUCUGGCAAUUACGCCAUGGUGGACAGCGAGGACUUCCUGGCUUUCCCGUCCUAUCUCCUGGCGAUUGACCAGCAGCGCCUCAGAGAGAAGCUGACCAGCCGCAAAAUGGACAGCAAGUGGGGUGGACGGCAGGAAGUCAUUGAUGUGACCCUCAACGUGGAACAAGCCAACUUUAGCCGGGAUGCCCUCUCCAAGGCCCUCUAUGCCCGCCUCUUUGACUAUUUGGUGGAUGCUGUCAACAAAGCCAUGCAGAAGGACCACCAAGAAUACAGCAUUGGUGUUCUAGACAUCUAUGGCUUUGAAAUCUUCCAGAAAAAUGGUUUUGAACAGUUCUGCAUCAACUUUGUGAACGAGAAGCUGCAGCAGAUCUUCAUUGAGCUGACGCUGAAAGCUGAACAGGAGGAAUAUGUCCAAGAAGGCAUCCGAUGGAGCCCCAUUGACUAUUUCAACAACAAGGUGGUGUGCGACCUCAUCGAGAACAAAGUGAAUCCUCCAGGGCUCAUGAGCAUCCUGGACGAUACGUGCGCCACCAUGCACGCCAAGGGCGAGGGGGCUGACCACACCCUGCUGCAGAAGCUCCAGGCUGCGCUGGGCACCCACCCCCACUUCAACAGCUGGAACAAGGGCUUUGUCAUCCAUCACUACGCUGGGAAGGUUUCCUAUGACGUGGAGGGCUUCUGCGAACGCAACCGGGAUGUCCUUUUUACCGACCUCAUUGAGCUGAUGCAGAGCAGCGAGAUCCCCUUCAUCCAAGACCUCUUCCCGGAAAACCUCAGUGUGGAGAAGAAAGGACGUCCCACCACAGCUGGGAGCAAGAUCAAGAAACAAGCCAACAACUUGGUGGACACUUUGAUGAAAUGCACCCCACACUAUAUCCGUUGCAUCAAACCCAAUGAGACCAAACGGCCCAGAGACUGGGAAGAAGGCAGGGUCAAGCACCAGGUGGAAUAUCUGGGCCUGCGGGAGAACAUCCGUGUGCGGAGGGCUGGCUACGCUUAUCGGCGGGCCUUCCAGAAGUUCCUUCAGAGGUAUGCCAUCCUGACCCGAGAGACUUGGCCUUCUUGGCGUGGGGAUGAGAAGCAAGGGGUGGUGCACCUGAUGAAAUCCGUCAAUAUGGACCCUGACCAGUACCAGCUGGGCCGGACGAAAGUCUUCAUCAAAGCCCCUGAGUCGCUUUUCCUUCUGGAGGAGAUGCGGGAACGUCGUUACGAUGGCUACGCCCGUGUCAUCCAGAAAGCCUGGCGCAAACAUGUGGCAGUCCGGAAGUACAUCCAGAUGAGGGAGGAAGCUUCCAACAUCCUCCUGAACAAGAAGGAGCGGCGAAGGAAUAGCAUCAACCGGAACUUUGUGGGCGACUAUAUCGGCUUGGAGAACCACCCGGAGCUGAGGCGCUUUGUGGGCCGGCGGGAGCGGGUGGACUUCGCAGACACGGUGGUGAAGUAUGACCGGCGGUUCAAGACUGUGAAACGGGACCUGAUCCUGACCCCCAAAUUCCUCUACCUGAUUGGGCGUGAGAAGGUGAAGCAGGGGCCGGAGAAAGGGCUGAUCAAGGAGGUCCUAAAGCGGCAAAUUGAGGUGGAGCGGAUCCAGUCGGUAUCCCUGAGCACCUUGCAGGAUGACUUCAUCAUCAUCCACGAGCCGCAGUAUGACAGCGUCCUCGAGUGUGUCUUCAAGACCGAGCUUCUGAGCUUGCUCUACAAGCGCUACGAGGAGAGGACCCAGAAGCAGCUGCUGGUCAAGUUUAGCAACCAACUGGAGUUCAAGGUGAAGAAAGAUGGCUGGGGGCCCUGGGGGGCUGCUGGCUCCCGCCAGGUGCAGUUCCAGAUCUGCCAGGGGGACCUGGCCCUCCUUCGCAACAAUGGCAAAGUCCUGGUCGUCAGCAUCGGUCCUGGUUUGCCUCGGAAUGCCCGGCCCACACGGAAGGACACCAGGAAGAGUCAAUAUCUGAGCGCAGGCGCUGCCCCUGGCUGGAACACUCCAAGCAAUGCAGGUUCGAAGCGGAGCAGCCGCGGUGGGGGUGGCAGCCGCCCUGGGACAAGGCCCCCCUUCCAGCAACGCCUCUCCAUGACCAGGCAGGCCAGCAUGGAGCAGCCCACCCUGCCCCGCCAGGGGGCCAGCCCCAGGGCCAAGGCCUUUCCUGCUCAGCUCAACCUGGACUUCAUGAAUGUCCCCGACCAAGGCGUCGCCGGCCUCCAGCGGCGUCUCUCCAAAGAAGCCCGUCCCGUCCCCGGCGGAGGGCGGCCGAAGCCCAAGCCGCGCUUCCCUCAGUGCCGGGCGCUCUACGCCUACGACGCCCAGGACACGGACGAGCUGAGCUUCAACGCCAACGAUAUCAUUGAAAUCAUCAAGGAAGAUCCCUCUGGCUGGUGGCAGGGCCGAAUCCGUGGCAAAGAAGGCUUGUUUCCGGGGAACUACGUGGAGAAGAUUUGAGAUUGGGUGGGCAGCCCUCAUUCUCCCUCCUGAGCCACUGCAAGGGGGCAGAUGGAGGCUGCCAGCCGGCCUCACGCCCUGGACUGUGCUCUCAAGGCGGGGAAGCCCCGGAGGCCAGCCUGGGAGGUAGCUGCAGGCUGGAGAAGGGGCGCUUCCGGUCGAGAGAGCUUCAUUGGGUCUGGCCAGCCACAGGAAGCCCAGUUCCUCUUUCGCCUGGACAGGUUAGAGUUGCUCUUUUAAAAUCC